GGAAGUAUACCGCGAAGAAUUAAGGCAGCUCUGAAGGCAAAAGGGGGUCCAACCUUUCACUAGCAAGGUGUACCUAAUAAAGUGGUAGGUGAGUGUAAUUCAUUCAGCAUUAUAAAUUGCUGCAACGCUUUUCCUGCAGUGACAACCAUAACCAUCUCUCUUUUUUUUCAGAGUGAAUUUGGUCUGGAUUCACAUAGACCAGACCAGACACAAUAACCUUAAGGAUAAUUUAGAGAAGAAGUUCAAAAUACAUUUUAUCUCUACACCUGAUACAAGAAGACUGGGUUAGGAAAAAGAUUUUGUGAAAAUGAAACGGGAAUACUAAAGUCUGGCCAGUCUGUAGGUCUACUUUCACUUCCGUUUUACAGCCCGGGUAAAGCGUGCUCGCGUCAUAUUUCCACCCACAUGAAUCAGAUCGUAGACCCUGACCCUCCCACUGAUCUGUGUGGAGUCUAAAGACAGGACAACAUCAGCUGCCACGAGUCUGCAGACAGGACAGGACACGACAAACAGUCUACCUGAUGGCUACCAACAACUGCUCCCCUGUUACUUUUUUUGAUACUUGUAAGGAUUCCUUCUACUUCGAAGAGACUAAAACAGCAUGUGUGUUAGUGGAUGCUUUCAAGAAGUCCCCGAGGUGCUUACCAUACCAGUUCCAAAGCAAGGACAACAAAUUCAUGGUUUUAAAUCGUGAUAGAAAAUUUGACCUCAACAACUUAACUAAAGAGCAGCUACACCAGCCUGAGUCCAGAUUCCUCAUCCAAACCUUUCAGGACUCCGACUUAACGCCGAGGAGGGGGAGGCCGGUCAUGGUGUAUACUAUCGAGAAUGACAAGAAGAUGGUGGCGUGCUGCUAUGACGAAAAUCAAGUCCGAGCUGAGCCGAUGGUCCCCAACAACAUAGAUGAAACAGUACACAAGGCCAUAUUCUACAUGACAGAAGUGGAGGGACUGGGAAACGCGUUCAUGUUUGAGUCCACUUUGUUCAAGGCCAGAUUCCUUGGAUUUGAGCCUGUUAAGGGUCUGCUCAAAUUGGUGUUACAUGAUAAACUAGAUGAGGUGGAUGAGGGCUGUCAGUUUUUUUUGACGAAAUGUAAGCCAUGAAAAAAAAAAAAAAACAGACAUCACCCGGUUUGUUUCAUUAAGGACAAAUUUCCGUGAUGUGUUUUUGUGCUUCUUGCGGCUUGUCUGUACCCAUAUUAUCCAUUUCCGUUGAUAUAUUCAUCUGCUUCACUGUCGCGGCUGUUUUUUCUACCACAAUUUAGCAGCAAUCAUGAAAUAACUAAAUGUGUUGUGUUGUUUUUUUUUUUGUUUUGUUUUUUUUUACUUUUUAUACAAUUUCAUAACAAAAGGGAUUUAUUUUCCCUAUAGCACUUUUCUCAUAUUGGGCUAUUUUCCUAAUACUGAACAGUUUAACAGACCCGAUUAGAGCAAUGAGUUCAUAGCUUUAUAUUUUUGCAUUUAAAUAAGCCAUUUUUUGAAACAUGGAGGUUUUCAUAAAUACAAUCUUUAAAAGAA